AUGGCCCAGUUAGAGCCUUAUAAAGGCGGUUAUUACCUCUGGAAAUAUGUUCCAUCCAUGGCAGCUGCCAUCAUCUUUUUGAUUUUUUUUAUGGCAGCAACAUUUGCACAUUCAUACCGCAUCUGGAAGACGAAAGCCUGGUUCUGUGUUCCAUUUGGUGUUGGCGGAUUUUUCGAAAUCAUAGGUUACGCCGCUCGUGCUGCCGCACACAAGCGCACUGGCAAGCUGAUGCCAUUCGCCCUUCAGAACCAAGGGACACUGCUAGCUCCGGUUUUCUUCGCAGCCUCCAUCUACAUGGUAUUUGGACGUAUAGUCGCGAGCGUUGGGGGUUGGGGCCAUUCGAUCGUCCGAGUACCCUGGCUCACAAAGACUUUUGUUAUUGGCGAUGUGUUUUCUUUGGCAGUUCAGGGCGGUGGCGCUGGCCUGAUGGUAACUGGGAGUCAUGCUACAUUGGCGGAAGCCAUUGUCAUCUUAGGAUUGAUGAUCCAGAUCGUCAUGUUUGGCCUCUUUGUUGCAACCAUCGGGAUCUUCCAUAAGAGAAUGCGGAGGGCUCCGACAACUCAAGCCUUCAAUCCGAAUGUCAGAUGGGAACAGUACCUUCACAUGCUGUACGGAGUCUCGGGCUUGAUUUUCUUCCGAUCGAUAUUCCGUGUCAUUGAGUUUGCCCUAGGCCAGGACGGAUACCCCCUUACCAACGAAUGGACAUUAUAUAUAUUCGACUCUGUUCCUAUGUUUAUCGUUAUGCUGGUAUUCUACUGGAGGUUUCCCGCAGACAUCAAGGACAACAAAGCCUUCGACAGAGCGGGCGAGGACUUAGCGGUCAUCACUCCAUAG